AUGCGAAACCUCCGCAAAACCCCCUUUUCGCAGUCUAGGGUUUCUGAUUUUCUCCAUAGAAGCAAAAUCAGAACCUCUGAUUUCAAUUUUCGCUCACACGGUAAAGACUUGUUUUUCUUGACUUGUGAUUGUUCACGGGACGACGCCGUUUAUGACGAGCUUCAGAAAGUGGAGGGAAAGGAUAAACCCCUGCCCGUAGAUGAAGACCUUCCUGGGAUGGGACAGUACUAUUGCUUGCACUGCGAUCGAUAUUUUGCAAACACGACGGUGAGGGAUGAACAUUUCAAGACCAAACGGCACAAGAAGCGUUUGAAGCUAAUGAUGGGUCCUGCUCCACACACCCAAUUAGAUGCCGAUCUUGCUGCUGGGAUGGGUAUGCCAGAUAAUGGUCCAAAGUUGAUGUCCAUGUAAAGUUUUUUCAUGAUUUCCUGCGAUUUUGGCUUACGGGCAGAAAUUUUCGAGAAGUGACUACAAACUAUUUUUGAGUUGAUUUCGUAUGACCGAGGUUUAGUUGUGGCUACUGGCUAGACAGCCUUUACUGAUCUCAUAUGAUAUUUUUACUAGGUGUGACUAUAUUUUGUUCAGUUGUUUCUGUUACAUGAGAAAUAAAUUGUCAAACUGAUUGUGAUUUUGUUUUUGUUGUAUCACAUAAUAUUUUUGAUUGUGAGAUGCAUUUUGAUUGUGUGUGAAAUCCAAAAAUAGUAUGUUUGUUUUGUUUGGAUAUGAGGAUUGUUCAAUCAGCUGGCAUUAGUUUGUUUGAGCAGUGAUGAGACAUUGAUUUAUAGAUCUGAUCUUUUGUUCCAUUUACAUA